AUGGUUUCUCCAAAACUAUCAAUAAUAUUAGUUCUUUUAUUUUUCACCUAUGAAUCUUCUUCUUCUUCUUCUUCUAGUUCACACAUUAAACAAUUUGAUGAUCACAAAGUUAAUUUAACAUUAUACUAUGAAAGUCUAAGCCAACCUAGUGCAACUUUCAUUGUGAAGAAUCUUGAAGAAAUAUUCAACAAUGAUCUCAUUGACAUUGUUAAUCUCCAAUUAAUCCCUUGGGCUAAUUCUCAUGUUAAUCCACUCAACAGUUCUAUAUCAUGCCAGAAUGGACCAGAUGAAUGUGAGCUCAAUUCCUUAGAAUCAUGUGCCAUUAAUAUUUGGCCUAUUGUGAACAAACAUUAUGGUUUGAUUUACUGCUUUGAAUUUCUGGCAAUUGAGGGAAAGAACAAGAUCUGGCAAAACUGUUUCCAUGAAUUGGGUUUGUCUUUGAAGCCUAUUAUGAAUUGCUUUGAUGGAGGAAAUGGAACUGAGCUUGGACAAAAAUAUAUUAAGGAAACAACAAAACUAAAUCCACCUCUUUCUUUUGUGCCAUGGGUGGUGGUGAAUAAUCAACCUAUUGGAAAAGAUUAUGAGAAUUUUACAUACUAUGUUUGCAAGGCUUAUAAAGGUGCUACUAUUCUAGAAGUUUGCAAUGUUCAUUGA